AAUUAGGAUGACACUUCUGCUGAGCACAGUAACUGUAUGAUGCUGAUGCCGCUUUCUUUUAUUUUAACAGAAACCUGAGCUACAAUAAGUUGACCGAGAUUGAUCCUUCUGCCUUUGCAGAGCUGUUGAACCUGCAGGAAAUGCAACUGAACAACAAUGAACUGACUGCCAUUCCCUCCCUGGGACCUGCUGCUUCCAACAUCCGUGCCCUCCACCUGCAUCACAACAGGAUACGCAGCAUUGAAGCAAGUCAACUGAAGCCCUACGUUGCCCUGGAAACAUUGGACCUGAGUUUCAAUGACAUCACGGAAAUCCGAAACGGCUGCUUUCCACAGGGACUUCACAUAAAGGAGCUCUACCUGGGGAGCAACAGAAUCAGCACCCUGGAGCCUGGUGCUUUUGAUAGUCUGUCACGGUCCCUGCUAACACUUCGUCUGAGUAAAAACAGGAUCACUCAGCUUCCUGUCAAGGCAUUCAGGCUGCCCAGGCUGACACAACUGGAGCUGAACCGGAAUCGCAUCCGCCUGAUUGAAGGCCUGACGUUCCAGGGACUGGACAGCCUGGAAGUCCUGAAACUCCAGCGCAACAACAUCAGCAAACUGACUGAUGGAGCUUUCUGGGGGCUGGCCAAGAUGCAAGUUCUGCACCUGGAUUAUAACAGCCUGACAGAAGUAAACAGCGGCUCGCUCUAUGGCCUUUCAUCUCUCCACCAGCUUCACCUCAGUAACAACUCUAUAUCCCGCAUCAACCCUGACGGCUGGAGCUUCUGUCAGAAGCUGCAUGAGCUAAUACUCUCUUACAACAACCUCACCAGGCUGGACGAGGGAAGCUUGGCAGACCUCGGAGGACUGCAUGUACUACGGCUGAGCCACAAUUCCAUCAAUCAUAUUGCAGAAGGUGCCUUCAAGGGACUCAAAAACCUGCGUGUUCUGGAACUGGACCACAAUGACAUCUCAGGCACAAUAGAGGACACCAACGGAGCCUUUACAGGCCUAGAAAAUCUGAGCAAGCUAACUCUGUUUGGAAACAAGAUCAAGUCGGUGGCCAAGAAAGCAUUCUCAGGGUUGGAGGCCCUGGAGCACCUGAACCUUGGAGAUAACGCCAUCCGCUCCAUCCAAGCAGAUGCUUUUGCUAAGAUGAAGAGCCUGCGGCAGCUCCACAUCAACAGCGACAGCUUCCUCUGUGACUGCCAGCUGAAAUGGCUGCCCCCGUGGUUAGUGGAGAAAGAGCUGCAGUCCUUCGUGGUGGCCACCUGCGCCCAUCCCGAGUCGCUAAAGAGCAAAAGCAUUUUUGCUGUCCUGCCAGAAAGUUUCGUGUGUGAUGAUUUCCCCAAGCCUCAGAUCAUCAUCCAGCCAGAGACCACAGUGGCCGUCCUUGGGAAGGACAUCCGUUUCACGUGCUCUGCUGCCAGCAGCAGCAGCUCCCCCAUGAUGUUUGCGUGGAAGAAAGACAACGAAGUGCUGCAUAAUGCUGAGAUUGAGAACUUUGCCCACGUGCGGGCGAAGGAUGGUGAGGUGAUGGAGUACACCACCAUUCUGCACCUCCGCCACGUCACCUUUGCCCACGAGGGCCGAUACCAGUGUAUCAUCACCAACCACUUUGGCUCUACCUACUCCAACAAGGCUCGACUCACUGUUAAUGUGUUGCCCUCAUUUAUCAAAACUCCCCACGACAUCACCAGCCGGACAGGGACAACGGCACGGCUGGAGUGUGCAGCUGAAGGACACCCCACCCCACAAAUUGCCUGGCAGAAAGAUGGGGGCACAGACUUCCCUGCAGCCCGGGAACGCCGCAUGCACGUCAUGCCUGAUGAUGAUGUCUUCUUCAUUACGGAUGUGAAGAUAGAAGAUAUGGGUGUCUACAGCUGCACAGCACAGAACUCUGCAGGAUCUGUGCUUGCAAAUGCCACCCUGACUGUACUGGAGACACCAUCUUUGAUUCACCCACUGGAAGACCACGUAGUGUCUGUAGGUGAGACUGUGGCUCUUCAGUGCAAAGCCACGGGGAGCCCACCUCCCCGCAUUACCUGGCUGAAAGGCGACCAGCCCCUGAUUGUGACAGAAAGGCAUCACUUCACCUCUGGCAACCAGCUCCUCAUCGUUAGGAAUGUUGUCUUGGAAGAUGCUGGGAAAUACACUUGUGAAAUGUCCAACACCCUGGGGACAGAGCGUGCGCACAGCCACGUGAGCAUCUUGCAGUCUCUUGGCUGUAGAAAGGACCGUACCACUGUGGGGAUCAUCACCAUUGCUGUGGUGUGUAGCAUCGUGCUGACUUCGCUGGUCUGGGUCUGCAUCAUCUACCAAACCAGAAAGAAGAGCGAGGAGUACAGUGUGACCAACACAGAUGAGACUAUUGUGCCUCCAGACGUGCCGAGCUACUUGUCCUCCCAAGGGACUCUUUCUGACCGGCAGGAAGUGGUCGUCAGAGGAGAUAACCAACAGCCUAAUGGACACAUAGACAGCAAUGAUGGUUCGUUUGUUACAGGUAUGUGUCAGACUGAUGCUGGAAGGUGUCCAGAUGUUGAAGCUCCCACUGUAGGUUGCAGACAACCAAAGCUGUGCAUUGGCUAUAAUAAAGACACUUGGAAAACUGAAGACACGGCUGAUGGAAUGCUUGUUCCAGAUAAGACAGGCUAUGGCCUGCCUGUUGUGUGCACAGACUGCAGCGGCAGCACAGACAGCAUGAACAUCCACAUCUAUCCCGGCGAGUCGGAGUACUACGCCGAGGGCCUUCAGACUCUGGAUGGUUCCUACCACAAUGCACUGAGCAGCAAGGAACGGAGCAGGAAGAGGGGUGCAGGCACCACCAGCCUUCUUCAUCCGCAGCAGUGCAACGGGAUUGCCAGCAAGAGGGUGGAAGCUGAUGGGACCCUGUACCCCAGCAACCACGACAGAAUAACAGCUGUGAGCACAGCCAGCCCUCUGCUUGCAGACCAACAUGGCUCUUCGCAAUCAGGAGCAAAGCCUUCAGAGCUUAACAACCUGAACUUGGUGAGAGCUUCACUGGCAGGAGGGUCACUAAAGCAACUGAACGUGCUUCCUGAAAUUCCCCCAACACUACUGGAUCUGCAGAGCGAAGCAGAAGCAAAACAGGCCCUCCUGGCCAAUGGCUUCACACCCAAGUCGUGCGACUCCAGUCAUGCGUUUAAACCCUCGAGCAGAUCAACAGACUGAGAGGACAGACUGCCAUAUGCAAAGUAACAAAAAUGCUAUUAUUAUUAUUAUUUUUUGCACAGAGUAUAUAGGCUACUUACUUCUACCUCAAAUCUUGAACUGAUGACCUGUCAAAGGCAAAAAAACAGCUGAGGUAUGAGAAACAAGCUUGUAUGGGGAACAAACUCCUGUUCGAGCGUCAUCUGUUUGUACAUAGUUUAAAACUUCCCUGUGAAGUAUGAAGCAUUCAAAAGUUGACUUGCAUAUGAAGCACAUAAAUGCAAGAGUUAUUGUGUAAAGAGAAAAGUAUUUGAUACAAUUGUACAUAAGAGUUUUCAUAUAUAAAUAUAUAUAUAAAUAUAUAUAUAUAUAUAUAUAUAUCUUUUACAGAGGCUAUUUUAAUCUUUAGUGCAUGGAAAACUGAGUGAAAUUUUACAAUUUUGGCAAUACUGUUUUCAGUAUCAGGUUGCUGUUAAACUUUGUGAGAGAAAUAAUUCUGGUGCCUUAAAUGCAUAAACAGAAGUUUAAAAAGCCAGACUGUUCCAAAGGGAUUGUCCUCUUUCCAGUGGAAGUCCCUUUAAAUCAAGUAUCAAUUGGGUUACUUAGCACAAAUUCUUUCCCCUCUGAAAUUUAUUGCACUUAACACAUUUAAACAGAGAUCUGCAACUGUUUGAAAUGAAGCUUACAGGAAUAAAGAAAACAAGCAGUGAGAAAUUACAUAGCAACCUGAUUUUUUCCUGUUUGUGGAAGAACUUAAAUUCCAUUAUUUUUCACAACUGCAUAAGAAUUUGUAUUUUACCCAUGACACAUUCGAGUGGACCACACAAGUGGCACUAAAUAAUUCAGCAACAGUGCAGAGCCCCAGAACAACCAGACCAAAUGGAUAUCAUGACUAGCGAGCAGUCAUUCCCAAAAUAAAUAAUUCAUGCAGUAAACCGUGGGGUGGUCUCAUGCGUGGCACCACUCAAAAGCUUCACAGCAGAAGGCACUCUGUGCCCAAAUAUGCUGGUACAGCACUCAUCACUGACAGCCAAACUGCAGACACUGCCCCCGAAUGGUGCAUACAGUGCUGCAGCCUGUCCUGUGCACGAGGAGCAGAGUCACCUCUGCCACUUUAACACAUUUGCUAACCAAGCAGUACAUGUCUAUCCUGGAGGGGGGUUCAAAACCAUGGAGCUGUUGUGACAACAGAAAUUCAGUCCUGCUCUGACAGCUGUACCCUUAAUUCAUCUGAUACUUUGACUUUCUUCCUGCAGUACAAUAUUCCACUUGCUUGUUCAACACCAUCGCCCUGAUUUGCAGCCAGACUCUCGGUGAAAAUAUCCGCUUCCAGUUAAUUAUGCUGCCUCGUGUAGCAAGUUCAGAAAUGUUCUCCUUUAGGAGAGAAACUGUGGUUGAAAGUACACGUUAAAAUGGAAAUGUCCUAAAUAUUUUUAUGUGGUCUUUUAAGUUCAUCCAUGAACGAGGGGGGAAAAAAAUGCUCAUUUUGGUGAAACAGAUCUUUGUCACUUGUAACUUCAGUACGAAGCUUUCUAUUCAUAGAAAGGCUGCUCUCUGUUGGUGUUGGUACCUGUGGAUGGAGGACUCCCUUCCAGUUAUUUAUAAUUUGAGUUCUGCUAAUAUAAGGUUGCUAACUCUGGUGAUGACUACUUUGGGGAAAGGUUUAUUAGGGGGGUUUGUUACUUUUUUCCUUAGGAGCAACACAAGUGCCAGUUCCACUGCAGCAGAAUCGAGUGGAAAUCUUGCUAAGACUGUGGCUCAUAACAUGCAGAAACGCUGCAGUUUGGGUUCAGAUCCAUUACUUUUGUAUCUGUCUGAGACCUACCACACCUGUGGGAUUUUAAUAAAGUUGCAUGCUGCCCUGCAAUGGCAACGUGCCCAUUUAUUUUAAUGUUGGUCAAGUCCCACCUUACCUUGAGAAGCCAACAUCUCCUGUAAGGAAGGAUCUGCGUCUUCUGCAUCGCAGCUGAAGGCGAGCUUUGCUGUAAACAAGCCAACUGAGCCCGACCUUAAUGAAGCAAAGCAUAAUUUAGCCAGGUACCUGUCUGUAUCAGUUUCUGACUGUUGACACGUUUGCACUUUGAGACAGGUGGCUAAUUACGUUGAGUGCCAAGUCUGUUCCAAGCAAAGGAAAUGGAUGUUAGAAAAUCAUAAACCAAGCAUGUGUGAGCAUAUGUUUCCCUUUCCUCAAGGGAAAGGUAUGCUUCAAAACCAACUCAGUGAGGACGGGGGGACUGGGAACACAGGAAUGACUUAACUGACGACUCAUUUUGCUGGCAGAAAUGUCAUCACCAUUGCAGAGACAAAGCAUAGUUGCCACAUUAACAUUUGAAAAUGAUGUUUCUGAAUAAAGAUAACUGCCUAACGUUCUGACUUCCACUAAAUAUGUGAAUUUGCUGCUUCUAAGAGGCAAUGUGAAAGAGGAAGUAUUACUUUUGUGUACAAAGUUAUUUAUUUAUUAGAAAAUUUGGUACAAUGUUGUACAUUGAAAAACAUGUAAGAUAUUAAAGUGUCUAACAAAUGCAUUGAAGUGUCUUUAAUAAAGGUUCAUUUAUAAUAUUA